GUGUGUGUGCACGCGCAUGCAGGUGUGUGCACGUGUGUACAUAGGUGUGCACAUGUACAGUGGACUAUAAUUACAAGAAAACCUCUCCUCUGUAAUCCCAGCCGCUUUCUCUCCUGUGACCUUCCUCUCUCUCAUCUCCCCUUCCCAGCAUCUUCUUUUGUCUCAGUCGUUUAGGCGACUGCCCUUGCUGCUCCCAUGUCACCAGCUGCUCUUUUUUUAAAGCAAAGUUCUGGAGAGAAUAGUAGUUAAGAGCAGGAAUUUGGCUUUCAGUCCUGGCUUUACCAUUUGCUGCUGUGUAACUAAGGUAGACCAGCUAUCCUCCCAAGUCACUCAGUGAAUUAGGGGUGAAAACAUGGACCUUGCUGAGAUAUUAAAGCAACAUCAAGUUAUUACAGUACCUGGCUCGUCGUGAGUGGCAAAUAACUUGUCUUUCUUAUAAAUUGCAGCCUACAUUUACCUCUCUAUCUUUCUUGCUUCCUUCAUUCUCUCAUUUCUUUCUUCACUAUCCCUACAACUUCUCCCUUUUCUCCCAGGUUAGGCUCUGAAAAGAAAGUCUGGAAUCAGAAAUCUCAGAAGGAGAAAUGUCCUAAUUCCUUUACUUCUUAAUAAUUAGGCUUGAACAUGUGCUUGCUUGACUUUGCUCAGCCGCAGCUCACUGUUUUGGCUGGCAUGUUGAGCUCGUUGGAGAUAAGAUCACAUUCUGUGAAGUUUAUAUCGUAAGUAUUGUUGAUAGAAUCUGGGAGGAAGUACAAUAAUUGAGUGUUUCCAAGAAUAUUGGGAACUUUCUAACAAACCGUGUGUAGUUUUGAAACUAGAGAAGCAGGAGGGAAAUUUUGAACUUAUUCCUCCACUGAAACCCUGGAGUUUGAGUUGUUUUCCAGUAACAGUAGAGUUCUUCAGAAUAUCAACUGGGGCAGCGGGGAACACCUGCUGCAACAUCUAAGCUGAGCAGAUCUCCGUUAGUUUUACAGUCUAUGCAUAAGGUACCACAUCAAGAAUAAAAAUCCUUCAUAAAUUAUCUGCUUGCAGGAUUUAUUAAUAAAUUAUUAAUUAUUGUUUAUUAAUAAUAUUUUUCAAUCCUAUCAUGGAGCAUAUCAUCCCCAUCAGGAACUGGAAGGUGUGCAAUGCUGGAGCGAGUGUAGGAGGUGAGAAGCCAAGGGUGCAGUCGAAAGGAGCCACUAAUCAGCAGGUGGCAACCCAGUUGCUUCCUAACAGCAAUGGUUUCAGAAAUCAAAUUGGCUGUUUUCUAUCACUGAGUGGUGACAGCUGCUUGGCAAAGAAAUUGUGCAGGAAAUUGGAAUGUCACUCAAGCCAUCAGAUAAAACCUAGCCAUAGAGGGCAGUCUGAUCUUUCCGUAGACAGUUCCAGGGACUACCUUUCUCAUGCCAAUCAAGAGCUUUCUCCCUGUGCUCAAAAUUCCAUGCUCUGGGGUCUCAUUAACUACCAUGACCUAUUCAGGGGCUGAAGUAACAUAUGACUUGGCUCUUCCACUCCAGAGACUCACAGGACCUAGAACUGUGCUGCUUUUACCACCAGUGUGAGUGACAGGGCUGCCUGUGCGUGAGCGGUCUUGAAAGCAGAGAUCAGCAUGAAUCGGGGAGCCAGAUGCAAGCGUGAGCAGGUGAUGGGGGGUGGUUCUAUCAAUACAGCCCCCAGCUGCUCACAAAGCCCUUCUGCUUGCUUUAUGUCACCACCCACCUGCCUCCUACCACUACCUCCCAAAAUGGGAAAGCCUAAAAAGGUGGACAAUUCCCUGUCGAUGUGGAUGUAGACAGAAAUCGAACAUUCUGACGGUGAUGGGAGCUGUGGCAGGCUUCACUCUACCUGGAACACAACUGUCAUUCAUGAGAUGCAGAAGUUCAGGGAGAUUAAAUGGCUUUAGUUGAGGCCACUGAGUAGGAAGGAGAGCAAAGACACACAGGCUGCUGCUGGGGCGCUUUGUUCUGAUCCCUCCACAUCCCAGCGUCUCCACAGAGGUAAGGAGAAUCAAACAGGCUAUCACCUGGGGAAGGAAGAGUGGAUGCAAGACGGAGGAAAGCGAUCAGUUCCUCUUCUCAGGUAUUAUUCAUUCGGAUUUUCUCAAUUUGUCACAGGUGCCAGAAAAUACCGCAACAUGAAAAGUGACAACCAGAGCUUCUCAGGGGACCCCCCUAAAGCCUUCAUCCUUCUGGGUGUGUCUGACAGGCCAUGGCUGGAACUCCCUCUCUUUGUGGUCCUCCUGCUGUCCUACGUGCUGGCCGUGUUGGGGAAUGUCGCCAUCAUCCUGGCAUCCCAGCUGGAUCCUCAACUCCACAGUCCCAUGUACACCUUCCUCAGCCACCUGUCCUUCCUGGACCUCUGCUACACCACCACUACGGUCCCUCAGAUGCUGGUCAACAUGGGCAGUUCCCAGAAGACCAUCAGCUACGGAGGCUGCACUGUGCAGUAUGCAGUCUUCCACUGGCUGGGAUGCACGGAGUGCAUCCUCCUGGCCGCCAUGGCCCUGGAUCGCUACGUGGCCAUCUGUGAGCCCCUGCACUACGCCGUUCUCAUGCACCGUGCUCUCUGUCAGCAGCUCGUGGCUCUGGCCUGGCUCAGUGGCUUCGGCAACUCCUUCGUGCAGGUGGUCCUGACUGUGCAAUUGCCGUUCUGUGGGCGGCAGGUGCUAAACAACUUUUUCUGCGAGGUGCCGGCCAUGAUCAAGCUGUCGUGUGCCGACACAGCUGUGAAUGAUGCCACGCUGGCUGUGCUGGUGGCCUUCUUCGUGUUGGUGCCCCUGGCUCUCAUCCUUCUCUCCUAUGGCUUUAUUGCCCGCGCAGUGCUCAGGAUCCAAUCCUCCAAGGGACGACACAAGGCCUUUGGGACGUGUUCCUCCCACCUGAUGGUCGUCUCCCUCUUCUACCUACCUGCCAUUUACAUGUAUCUUCAGCCCCCUUCCAGCUACUCCCAAGAGCAGGGCAAAUUUAUUUCUCUCUUCUAUUCCAUAAUCACCCCCACUCUCAAUCCCUUCAUCUACACCCUGAGAAAUAAAGAUGUGAAAGGGGCUCUGAGGAGACUCCUGGCCAGGAUCUGGAGGCUCUGUGGACGAUGAGGACGUGAGAUGUAGCAUCUCCAUCAAUUAAAGAGCACUGCACAAGUCUAUUGUGCACUCAGAGCAUCUUUCACUUAAGGAGUUAAUACCCAGAGAGCUCAAAAACUCUGUCUUCAAACAUCUCACUUCCUGUCAUAAUACCCCAAAUCCCAUAGCGACAAAGUUCAUUUUAAAAGUGUAAUUCUAAGAGGUCAUAUGUUUUUAAGCAUUGUUUAAAUAGACUUCAAUAAGUAUGUGUGGAAUUAUUUAACUUCCAAUUUCCUGAUUCUUUUCUCUUUUCCUCUUCCUGUAUUUCUUUUAUUUUUUCCCCAUUUGUGUCUUCUAUUACUCCUAAGUAUACACGAGAUGAAGCUGAAAUACAAUCUUAUUUUACUUAUAUGUUUACUUAUGUGUUUUACUUAUGAAUAUGUGUUUUUCUCCAUAUACUUAAAUCUCCACAAAUUUUACAUGACUUUUUCAAACAAUUCCAGGAAUUAAGUAGAUUGCUAUCUCUUUCCUGUGAUUUUGGAUUUUUUUUUUCUCUGUAG